UCCACAAAGAAGAGGGGCGUGGGGUGGCGGUGGCAAGAGAGCUAUGCGGGCGGCGAUAGCGGCGUUGGCGGCGGCGGUGUUUGCCGGCUACCUUGUUUUGUUGGUGGCGAUGCCAACUUACGCCUACAAACAUACAUGGCUGCCGGCGCUCCGAGCCAAAACCACCACCACUUACUUCGGAACUAACCAAGGUGCAAAUUUCUUGGUAUUUACAUCUCCAAUUGUAGUAAUUGCACUAUUGGGAUGUGUGUAUCUUCAUUUAGGCAAGAACAACAACUCCCAAAUCAAGAAUAUCAAGAGUGGAGAAGGACAGAAUCGGAUAGAGAUAUGGAAGAGGCCAAUGAUCAUCAAAGGGCUAGGAAUUGUUUCAAGAAUAGAGCUUGCUUUCUUCCUCAUGUUUAUUGCUCUUCUUAUUUGGAAUUUAGCCACCUAUUUCCACAACGAUUUUGCAAGAAUUACUACCAUUUCUGCCACACGAAGUGGAGAAAAAGUGUGGGAGGCGAAGCUGGACAUGGCGGCGCUCCGGCUGGGGCUGGUCGGAAACAUAGCGUUGACUUUCCUGUUCUUGCCGGUGACACGUGGCUCAUCGGUGCUGCAGUUUUUGGGGGUAACGGCGGAGGGUAGCAUUAAAUAUCACAUAUGGGUGGGCCACAUUGUAAUGACCUUAUUCACCGCUCAUGGCCUAUGUUACAUCAUCUACUGGGCUUCCACUCACCAAAUAUCACAGAUGGUGAAAUGGGAGAAUACAGGAAUCUCAAACAUAGCUGGAGAGAUAUCUCUGUUAGCAGGAUUAUUCCUAUGGGCUACCACAUUUCCAAGGAUUAGAAAAACAAUGUUUGAGCUCUUCUUCUACACACAUUACCUCUACAUUCUCUUUGUCUUCUUCUUCAUGCUUCAUGUUGGCAUCAGCUACGCCUCCAUCAUGCUCCCUGGCUUCUUCCUCUUCAUGAUUGACCGAUACCUCAGAUUCCUCCAGUCGAGGCACCACGUUCGCCUCGUCUCUGCUCGGGUUCUUCCUUGCCACACCGUUGAGCUCAACUUCUCCAAGAACAAAGGUUUAAAUUACAGUCCAACUAGCAUCGUAUUCAUGAAUGUGCCCAGCAUUUCUAAGCUGCAAUGGCAUCCAUUUACUAUUAGUUCAAGUAGUAGUUUGGAGAGUGAUAAUAUAAGUGUGAUCAUCAAAAGGGAAGGAAAAUGGACUACUAAACUCAUUGACUUGGUUGCUUCACCUACCCCACCUGAUCGUCUCGAUGUCUCCAUCGAAGGGCCUUAUGGACCUGCCUCGACCGAUUUCCUAAGGCACGACCUCCUAGUGAUGGUGAGCGGGGGCAGCGGUGUGACCCCGUUCAUCUCCAUCAUCCGCGACCUCAUCCACACGUCCGAAACCCUAAAAACCCCGACCCCGCAGAUCCUCCUCGUCGCCGCCUUCAAAAACUCAGCCGACCUCACCAUGCUCGGCCUCAUCCUCCCAAUCUCCGGCGCCCCACCGCACCUCUCCAACCUAAAUCUCCAAAUCGAGGCCUACGUCACGCGCCAGAAUCAGCCGCCGCCGCCGCCACAGGAAAACGACAAGUCCCCUCGUACCGUCGGGUUCAACCCGAGCCCGACUGACCCGCCCCUCGCCGCAACCCUAGGCAACUGCAACAGCUGGCUGUGGCUGGCCGCCGUGAUCGCCUCGUCAUUCAUCACCUACCUCGUGUCAAUCGGGAUCUUAACGAGGUGCUUCAUCUAUCCGAUCGAUCGGAACUCGAAUCGAGUGUACUCCACCGCCGCGAGAGCCGCGAUCCACGUGGCGUUCAUCUGCGCGGCUGUGGUGGCGGGCGCGACGGCCGGAUUUGUGUGGAAUAAGGCGCGGGUGGGUAAGGAGACGACGCAGAUACGGAAUAUGGCCGCGGAGAGAGAGAUGGAGAGCUUGCCGCAGCUGUCGCUGGCGGAGUCGAUCAAUGUUUACUAUGGGGAAAGGCCGGAUCUUAAGAGAUAUUUGUUCGAGCGGAAGGAGUCGAGUGUUGGAGUUUUGGUUUGUGGGCCGAAGAAAUUAAGGCGUCAAGUUGCGUAUAUAUGUUCAUCGAGUUUGGCAGAAAAUCUGCAUUUUGAGUCUAUCAGUUUUAGUUGGUGAUUUCUGAUCAACAACGACCUUUCAACUUUGUACACAAAAUAGGUUUUUAUAUUGAUGCUUAAAUAUUUCAUAUAGAAAAUUAAAAAUGUUA